AUGUCUUUUGUGAACAGAACCGCCAUGGCUACAGCUUCAAGGUUUCUGCUUCUUCGAAGAUUGUCAAGAUCUCUCAAGCUUUCUCAAACCCUUGUCCAUAGCAAUAGCUCGAGGGUUUCAAGCAAUUUGAUUCAUAAAACCAUCGAGCCAUUGGAUUCAUUCUGGCCAAUAGGAGAAUCUCAUAUCCGCCAUGAUUCUUCUAUUACUACCAGAAGCUUCUCGUCUCAAUCUCAAGGUCCUGCUUCAAUCGAUAAUAGUUCUGUUUUGCAGGAGGAUGAGUUUCACAGAUUAGCUAACUUCACAAUUCAUGACCUUCUUGAGAAAAUUGAGGAAUAUGGUGAUAAUGUCGAGAUUGAUGGGUUUGACAUUGAUUAUGGGAAUGAAGUUUUGACUCUGAAGCUUGGAUCUUUAGGCACAUAUGUACUGAAUAAGCAAACUCCAAAUCGACAAAUAUGGAUGUCUUCACCCGUAAGUGGCCCUUCUAGAUUCGAUUGGGACCAGGAUGCUAAUGUGUGGAUUUACCGGCGAACGGAAGCAAAGCUGCAUAAACUCUUGGAAGAGGAGUUAGAGAAUCUGUGUGGCGAACCAAUCCAACUCUCAUAA